UUUCGUCCAGAAACCGCCUGCAGGGGGACGUGCCCGGCCUAAUUGACCCCAGACAUGAUCGCGUCGUAAAGAAUUCAGGAGGGAGGCUUUUCCCUGCUUUCGGCCUCUGGAGGCCCUCGCAGGGCCCUGGGGCCGUCAACAAAACGAUUCCGGAUGAAAAACAACCGGCCCCGGGGAAAGGGUCGCGGUCUUCGGGGGCCGCGCAUCGACAGAAAUCAGGGCGUCGCAUGUCUGGGACUGAGGCUGCGGGCGCCGGCGACGCGCGGGCCCCGCCGCCGCUGGCGCCGCCGGCCGCGGGCGACGGCGACGCCGACAGCGACGAAGACUCGCAGCAUGGCGCACACUGCCGGCUCGCCGCCAGGCUCGCCCUGCUCGCCCUGGCGCUGCUGGCCCUGGGCGGACCCGCGGCGGCCCACCUGCGCAUGGCGCGCCCGUGCUGGAGCGAAGAAGACGGCUCCGCGGGCCGCGAGCACUGGGCCGUGUUCUGGCCUCAGUACGCAGUGGCCGCGCCAGUGAGCCUGGCUCUGGCGGCCUGGUGCUUGACCGUGCGCCGGCGCGCCUCCCCCGCUGUGCCGCUGCACGCGUGGACGCGGCGCUUCGGGGCCUGCGCCGCCGUCGCCUCGGCUGCCCGGCUCGCCAAACCCGCCCUGGACCCUGGGUGCCACGGCGCGGCGGGCGCGGCGUGGCAGGGCGCGUGCCGCUCGUUGCACGAUGGGAGCUUCGUGGUGAGCUUGGUCGUCCUGUACUACCUGCUGGUGCUGAAGCUGCGCGCGCUUGGGCUCCGGCGCCAUGAGCGGACCGCCCGCGUAGCGCUGGCGACAGCGGCGGCGGCGUUCGCCGCAUGCGUCGUGGCCGUCGUCUCGCUCUUCGCCCUCGGCCUGCCAGGCAUGGGCGACGGGCGCGUGCCGGCGGCGCUCUGGUGGAUAGGUAUCAUCGGCUUUCUGGUGCUGUUUUUGGCACUGCCGGUGCUUACCUGCUGCGGGGUGUGGGGCUUGCUGGCCGCCGCCGCGCGCGCCGAGCGCUCCAGGCGCGGUGGGGUGGCGCAGAUGGCGCGCUGGGUGCGCGGCACAGCCGCGCUGGUCGUGGCGUCCCUCUUGCUGUUGAUCGCGGAGGGACUCCUCCUCGCCUUCUGCAUGAGCGGCGCCUAUGACGGAGGUCGGUGGCACGCCUAUGCUUGGGCCUCUGCCACACAUGGCGGCUUCAACUGCCUGCAGGUGGCCCUUCUCUCGGGCCUUGCCGGGCCGCGGUCGUUGCGGCGCUUGGCGGUGGAUGCCUUCGAGCGCAUCAACUGCUACAGCUUGGAGGACCUGCAGAGAUGUUACGAAGAGUUUCUGGCGUACCUGGACGAAGCCCAGGUGAAGUGGGUUCGAUUUGGAUACCUUCGGCAUCUUAUGGAAUCUGGAUCGGUCAUGGUGCGCUGUCAACAGGUGCCCGCUGCCGAGGCCGUCAUCGGCAGCUCGGGUUUUCCGGACUGCAGGGACGAUCCCAAGCAGAUUUUCGUACUGUCGCACCCUUGGCUGACAAAGGAGCACCCGGAUCCUAGCGGAACGAAGUUGCAGCUGUUAGUGCGACAGUUGGACCUGUUGUGCGCACUCGAUGACGCACUGGUAUUUAUCGACUACAUGAGCCUUCCACAGCACAACACGCUGGACCCAGAGUACGAGCGUUUGGAGGAGAACAAUUGGCCCAAGCCUGGCGAGCACCAUGCCGUCCGGACAGAGGCGGAAGACAAGUUGUUCAGGACCGCCCUCGGCUCGAUGGAGCUCAUGUACAGUAUGAGCAACGCUGCCGUUAUUGUGCUUCCUAUGGACGACGAGGUCGCUGCAGGCGAGGACUACUUCUCACGAGGGUGGUGCUUCUUUGAAUUCUGCAUCGCGUUCAGCUUCGGCAAUAUAGCGAACGCCAGUAUCCAUCCGCCUGUGGAGACGCUGUGCAGGAAAGCUGCCGAGCUGAAAGUGGACAUGGUCGAAGGGUUCCAGCAAGGUUUCAGGGCGACUCGCUUCACCAGCAAGGGCGACAGGGCAGUAGUCAGCACGCUCUUCGAGCAGACCUUGAUGAAGAAGCCGAGGCAGACCUUGAUGAAGAAGCCGAGGCAGUGACGAGCAUGUGCCAGCCCGCCUUGGCGUACUCACAACGCGCGGGGAAUAUCUGCACGGCAGGGCGACCAUGAAUUGCAGUACGUAAUGAUGACGGUGAUGAUAAUUCACCAUGAAGGAUGGAAGGAGCAAUACGGAAAAUCAUGGGAACUCGAGUUGGGGCAGGAAAGCAUCGCGGCAACACUGUAUGUUUUCCCGUCCGUGUUCGCCCCCCCUUCUCAUCGCUGCCAUUCCCUCCCUCACAUCUUUUCGGCCCGUUGCCCUUCGAACCCUUUCGUUUGUCCCUCGCGUAUUUCUCUUUGCAGAGGCUUGCUGCCUCCGCCGCCGCCCUGAAGGCGGGAUAUCCCUGGGCUUGGACGUGCUCCCCUUGUCCCAGUCACCAAAGCGCCGCGGGCUCAGUGAGCCGAUCUGCUGGCGCUGCGGGUGGGACCUGGUGGACGCCCACGGUCAGGCGCCUGCCCACGCGUUGCAUGUUACAUUAUCAUGAAGCCUUGUCCUCAGUUUGGUUCAGCCCCACGUGACAUAUUUGAAACUGUCCCGGCGUGGAGCCUGCGUACUGAUUAUUCCCUUCUGGAUAAAACGCGCAGACAAA